AUGUUUUUAGGGGUAACAUCGAAGCUGAAGGACGCAUUGUUCGAGCACUGCCGCAAACUGAUCCAUGCCUUCUUGAAGAACCACGAGGCGACCUUCGCAGUCCUGCGUCACUACCACGAAUGGCGUGUCGAGCAUUCAUCGGCGGUGCGCCACAUGGCCAGUCUGCUGGUCCAACGACGCUACCUCCUGCGGUACGACUUUGUCACGACGCGAGACCAGGCCCUCGAACGCGAACGCUACCGCGAGGGACGCGAGAAGAGGAUCAGCAAAAUUUCAGCCCGUGUCACCGCUCUGCUUGACAACCUUCAGCGGAUUAACAAGGACAAUGCGAGUGAGCUGAAAAAUCUCCACGACGACAUCCAGAAAACUGAGGUCCAGUUGAUGGAGCUGGAGGUCGAAUCGAAAUCACGCGUGAGAGAUGUGUACAGGAAGUUUGCACGCAAGUACAGUGAAAACAGGCAGCAGUUUGAGUCCAAGAUGCAGCUCCUUGGAGAAGACUUGGAGCAAGUCAAAACGGAGUUCACGGAGCACCGCGAUAAAGCCAAGAGAGACCGGCAAGGCCUGCGCCGCCAACUCAACAAAAGCGGGGAAGUCGUUGCGAUGUGUCUAAACAACAUGGACGACAAGUUGUUCGAUUUGGAACUCAGAUACGGCGUAGUGAUGAAAAAGUAUGAAGAGCUCAGCAAAGAACACGAAGCCCUCUUGACUGAGUUUCAGGAGGAAGAGGAGAGGCAGAGGUUGGCGCGCGAGAAAGCCGAGAUGAUCCAGGCGGCGACCUUCAUUCAAAGCCUCUACCGAUCCUGGAAGACGCGCAAAGAAAUCAAGAAGGCGGGCAGAAAAAUGAGAUAA